AUAUAUCGCAAUUCCAGUAGCGAUGGGUGACCUCUUUAGUAUGGUCUUGGUUUAUUUAUCAAGGCCUUCCCGAGCUAUGCCAAUGACUUCGUGGACCCCGGAUGUAUUCUACUGGGGACUUUCUGCCCACUACGCGCUAUGCACAGGAAACGAUAACCCAAUGGGCUUUGGAGCUUGCGUUGAAGGGUCUGUGGACUGUCAUGAACAAAACUGUUGUACCUCCUUCGGGAGACAUGCACGAUUAUGUGGUUGGGGCAUUUUCCGACCUCGCCGAUGCUGUGUUGUACAAUUCCGUAUCUCAUACGUUCCAAGACCAACCGACCUCGUUAUAUUCACAAAACGUGGUUAAUUUCCUCAAGUCGGCGAGUAUAUCGGUAUUCUUGACCUCAAGUGUUUCACCAAAAUUACAUUUGGAAUUCUCAUUCUUCGUCGGGUGAAUACAUUACCUGGUUGGAGUCCGCGGCCAUAGUUCUAGAAGAAGGGUCAGCCAACAACCACGGAUCGUUCUAUUAUAAUCAACUAGCAGCUUUAAAGCUCAUCGUCGACGAUCUUCCAGGUGCA